AUGGCUACUCCGUCGCGUGAAGACUCUGUGUACCUCGCCAAGCUUGCUGAGCAAGCUGAGCGCUACGAGGAAAUGGUUGAGAACAUGAAGCGUGUGGCUUCGUCGAACCAGGAACUGACGGUGGAAGAGCGCAACCUGCUUUCGGUUGCCUACAAGAACGUCAUUGGUGCGCGCCGUGCGUCGUGGCGUAUUGUCUCUUCCAUUGAGCAGAAGGAGGAGUCGAAGGGCAAUGAGACGCAGGUUUCGAUGAUCAAGGUGUACCGUGAGAAGAUUGAGUCGGAACUUGCCCAGAUCUGCGAGGAUAUCCUUCAGGUGCUGGACACUCACCUGAUUCCCUCGGCUGCCUCGGGUGAGAGCAAGGUGUUCUACCACAAGAUGAAGGGUGACUACCACCGCUACCUUGCUGAGUUUGCCACCGGUGAGAAGCGUAAGGACUCUGCCGACAAGUCUCUGGAGUCUUACAAGGCUGCUUCGGACGUUGCGAUCACAGAGUUGCCACCUACGCAUCCUAUCCGCCUGGGUCUCGCCCUCAACUUCUCCGUCUUCUACUACGAGAUUCUUAACUCUCCCGACCGUGCGUGCCAUCUCGCCAAGCAGGCGUUCGACGAUGCAAUUGCGGAGCUGGAUACCCUGUCGGAAGAGAGCUACAAGGACUCGACUUUGAUCAUGCAGUUGUUGCGCGACAACCUGACACUCUGGACGAGCGACAUGCAGGACACCGAGAAGCCUGCUGAGGGUGCCGCUCCUGCUGCGCCAGCAGAUGCUGCCGCCCCUGCUCAGCCUGCUACCGAGUCGAAGGGCGAGGAGGCUGCCUAA